GAGCAAGGACAGACGUGGCGGAAGAUAGCGCUAGUCUUUAGCCGAGCGUCACACAAAAUACGCCAUCUCCGCUAAUCCAGCUGUAAAAAAUAAAUAAAAAGUGAGCGCCAAAAUCCGCAUUCUAUUUUUAAUAUUUCAAAUUCCUGGAGUUUCCCUCGUGUUUAUUUGUGAAGAGUUUUGGUGAAAUUUUAGUGCAACUUUAAGCGACUUCAGUUUUUUAAAUAAUUACUAAGUAUAUAAACAUAUUAAAACUUUUGCAAUUUCAUGUCUUCGAGUGAUUUAAAUAAUAAACAUUGUUCAGUGAGCGCGGAAGCCGAAAAUAGACUUACAUAAUCCCUGUUUGUAAAUAGAACUUAGAAGUGAAUCAACGCUACAGAAUAAUUUUAGUGUACACUUCAACGUAUCGAAAAUACAACGAAAAUGCAUAUCAUACGUGGCCACAGUGUUAAAAGAAAAUUUUGCCAUUUCUGGACGUAUGGUAAAUAAAAUAUAAAGUGUGCAAGACUUAAGAAGGAUCUUCUUACGAGGUUGAAGACGCACAAUUUUCAAAUGACGUCAAUGAUUCAAAUUCACCUUUGAUGUCAACAUGGGAUUGCCGAUGCUGCGUCGAUGCUGCGGCUGCCUAUCCCUGGAGAUAGGCUGCUUCGUGCUAUGCAUACUAUCCACACUAGCAUGCGUCGGCUACAUCAUAGCCGGGUCCUGGAACCUGCCGCGGCACCGGCAGCGCGAGCUGGAGGACAACCUCAUCUCCAUGACGGCGGUGAUGUUCUCCGCGCUGUCCGCCGUCAGCAACGCCGUGGCGCUGGCCGGCGUCACCGCGAGGCGUCCAGGCUGUCUCCAACUAGCCCUGGUGUUCAACUCGGUGUUCAUCCUGUGCAUAUUCCUGGUGGCGAUCGUCACGUGUCUGUUCAGCCCCGAGCUGGCGCCGUAUAUGAAGGAGCCAGGGAAUAUAGCGUUGGUGGUGCUACUCCUGAUUGGUGGAGCGGUGUUCUCCAUGUACUACUUAAUGGUGAUCAACAGCCUCUACCGUAAGAUGAAGAUGUCAUAUAGCGAGACGCUGCCCAUGUAGCUGCAUAUACAGCACUACCAUAAUAUCUUGAAUCUUUAAGGAUGGAAAAAUCAGGUCAACGGGCUCUAACGCCACAAGAAGAUGCCCUAGAGCGAAGAUCCACUGUUGCUGCAUCCAGUGCUAACAGAUGCACAGGAUCUUCUGGGACCAAAAUCACACUAACAAGUGAUAAAGACCCUGUAGCUACAUAUACAGUGAAGAUCCACUGCCUAUAUUGUUGCUGCAUGCAGAGCUACAGCAUCUUCAGGCGCGGGACCAAAAUCUUAUCAACAGUUGAUAAAGACCCCGUAGCUGCAUUUCUAGCUAAAAGGAUCAUUUUAAUAGCCUGUAGAGUAACAUUAAGAUGUCUUACUACCACACUGUAUUGCUAGUGUCGCAGCUGCAUGCAGUGCUGCAAGGUUUUUCUGCCCGAGACCACCGCCAUCUUGAAAAGUGUCUUCUUAGCGGCUGCGCAAGUAACAGUUGUACAAUAAUAUUAUGUGUGUGUGCCUGUGUGUAUGAUACAACGGUGCUGUUAAGCGAUUUUUUAUUUCUGGCUGGUCGGGCCGAAACUUCGUCAAAACAUUUUAUAAAAUAUAGGCUGUGCUUAAUUUAAAACUUUAAGAAUCUUUAUUGCGUACUCUUAGAGAAUUUGGUACAUAAGUAUUGA